UUUCCCUAGCCGUAGCCACUGAAGAUGAGUCCCACCGAACAACCCACAAGUAAAUCUUCUUCUUCAGUAAAUAUUAGACAAGUAUGGCAGGAAAAUCUUCUCGACGAGUUCGAUCACAUCGGAAAACUCAUUACUCGUUUUUCCUACAUCUCAAUGGACACAGAGUUUCCCGGGUGUGUGAUUCGGCCGAUGAACCCAAACUCAGCGCCGAAUCAUCAUCACAAACUUCACCCUUUCCAUCAAUACCAACUGAUCAAACACAACGUCGACAUUCUCAACCUCAUACAAGUAGGCCUCACACUAACGGAUUCCGACGGGAACUUGCCGAAACUUGACGGCGAAAACUCCAUCAUAUGGCAAUUCAACUUUAAAGAUUUUGAUAUAAGCCGUGACAUGUGCGCUCCAGACUCCAUCCACAUGUUGAAGAAACAGGGAAUUGAUUUCGAGCGAAACCGCUCCGAGGGAAUCAACUCCGCUCACUUUGCCGCUCUCAUGAUGCACUACAAACUCGUCUGCAACAACGACAUUACGUGGGUCACUUUCCACAGCGCCUACGAUUUUGGGUAUCUCGUAAAAAUUCUCACUCGUAGACGUCUUCCUAAUUUCUUACCAGAAUUUCUGUGUGUUGUGAACGAGUUGUUUGGUCACAAUGUCUACGAUAUGAAGCACCUGAUGCGGUUCUGUCCUGGUCUGUACGGAGGUUUGGAACAUGUUGCCCGGGCACUACAAAUCAUACGUGAAGUCGGACUCAGUCAUCAAGCUGCAUCGGAUAGCUUGCUAACAUGGCGGACCUUUCAUAAGAUGAGACUGACAUGUUUUGAUUGCCAGAACAAGGAUUUGAAGACACAUGCUGGUGUACUGUAUGGCUUAGAAAUAUACUGUGUUUGAGGGUAGAUUAUGCUAUACUUUAGAUUUGUCCAGUAUAUAUCUAGUAGAGUAAUCUUGUUUAGGCUUUUCAAGUUUUCUAGUGCAACUUAAGUCAAAGAUUUUCAAAUAUAUUAGUUUGAUGUUUAACAGUUAAACUCAUUGGUAUGUAUCUUGAAACCCCAAACAUACUUAUCAAUAUCAUUAUGCCUGAUCUGAUUAAAAGAAAUAUG